AUGGCGCCUCACUCGGCUGCACCGUUGGCGCACGCGCACAAGCUCUGCUCGCACGACGAGCUGCCGGCCUGGGCACACGACAAUGCCUUCAUCCGCACCGGCUAUCGGCGGCCAGGCGGCACUGCCGCUGUGCAUGCAGGCCAGUCCAGCGAUACGGCUACUGCGUCGGCAGUGGAUGGAGAUGCUGGCGAGACGCGCAUCCGCACUCGCAGCGCAGCACGCGCGGCGGCGGCCAAGACACAGCCAGAGAAGCCGCCAGCAGAGCUGUACGAGCACGACUCGGUCGCCAAGUGUGUGCAGAGCAUCUACAGCUACUGGCACAACGAGACCGUCAACAUCCACACGCAUCUCUGGGGCGCUGCCGUGGCCUUCUCCGCCCUGCUGCUCUCGCUUCUCUGCGCCGCCGAGCUCCUGCCAGCCUCGGUCUUGAUCCAUCCCAUUCUUUCGGCGCACGCGCCGCGCACCGGCUCGCUGCUGGCGUCCAGCGUACGCCUCUCGCCCGUGCCAGCCGACAACACGUGGAUCGACGGCCUGGCCUUUGCGACGUUUGGCAUUGCGGCUGUCUCGCAACAGUGCAACUCUCUAGAUUACAUCGGGAUCGUCGUCAUGAUCUGGGGCUCCUUCAUUCCUGCUCUCCACUAUGGCUUCAUCUGUCAUCCGCAUCUGCAGGCAGCGUACGCCGCCUUUAUCACCGUCCUCUCCGUCAUGGCCAUGUACACGGUCGUCACGCCCAAGUACCGCACGCCAGCCUACCGUCCAACGCGCACCGCCGUCUUCGUCAGCCUCGGCCUGAGCGCCGUGGUGCCAGUUGGGCACGGCUUGCACCUGUAUGGGUUCGACCUCUUGGCCCGCACGAUGGGCCUGCACUGGCUGAUCGCAAGCGGCGCCUUCUACAUCGUCGGCGCGCUCCUGUACGCCUGCCGCGUGCCCGAGCGCUUCGCGCCCGGCCGCUUCGACUACCUCGGCGCCUCGCACCAGAUCUUCCACGUCUUCAUCCUCCUCGCCGCGCUGGCGCACUUCGUGUGCCUGCGGCGCGCCCACGACUUCUGGAAGUCGGCCACGCUGCCCGGCCUCGAGCGCUCGAGCCAGCAGGCCGUCUGCUAUGCCCUCGACCACUUUGCCGACAAGGUCUUUGAGCGGCUCUGA